CUAUUCUAAUUACGGAAUAAUCCACCACCCCCGCACCAUCCGAUUAAUUUUUUUUUUUUUUUUUUUUUCCUUUUAAUCUUUUCUUUUUUUAUAAUUUAUACAUUGUUGCAUUCACAUUAUGGCUUUUCGCUUCAAUUGGCCAGAAUUUGACCAAGAGUUUUACGUGGAGGCCAAGUCUCAGUUAGAGACAGCUUUGAACAAGGGCAACAAACCUCCAGUCAUUGUUGAUCACAUUGCAGUAAAAGAAUUAAACAUGGGCACCAAGCCUCCAGAGUUGGAGAUUUUAGAAAUUGGUGAAUUAGGAAAUGAUAAAUUCCGGGGUAUUUUCAAGCUAAAUUAUGCUGGUGACGCUUACAUUGAAGUACAAACUAAAGUUCAGGCAAACCCGAUGCAUGCUAAAAGUUCUGAACUACCACGUCAUUCACGACCUGGUAUUUUAGCGGCUGAUCAACCUUUGGUGGUGCCAAUGAUCCUUCGUAUAAGCGACUUAAAGCUACGAGGCAUUGUUGUACUUGUGGUUUCUAAAACCAAAGGAGUGACACUGGUCUUUAAAAACGACCCUUUAGAGAGCAUCAGAAUCAGUUCUACAUUUGACAGUGUUUCUAUUCUUCGAGAUUUCUUACAGCGUCAGAUUGAAACACAACUGAGAAAUAUGCUGCAAGAGGAUUUACCAGUGAUGAUUCAUAACCUCAGUUUACGAUUCAUUCAAUCGGAAGCCGAGAAGCAAAAGAAGAAGGAACAAGAAGAACGCACUAAACAAUUAGAAGAAACCAACUCAAUUCGACUUCGAUCCUGGACAAAUUCAACGACAGAUUUCUGUUCUUUACCCGAGUUGGACUUUCCUUGUUCACCCAGCACUAGUACUUUAUAUACACCGCUCUCUAGCUCAUUUGACUUGAAUGAGGAUUACCAUAAUUAUUUAUCGUCUAGUCCCACCUCCACUGUUUUUACACCCCUUUAUUCUGAAACAAACGAUUUCAAAAAGAACGAAUUUUUGAAUAUGGAAGCCACCGAUUAUUUCCAUUGCAGCAGCAAUAGAGCAGUGCCGAUUACUGCUGCCAAUCUUUUUACUCAUAACCGUAGUAUGAACCAAUUAGGCAUUAGUGCCUAUAAAGAAUACCAUCCAAUGAACAACCUCAUGCAAUUACAACACCAACGACAACGACAAGAUUUGAUAUCUGAAAAUUUGUCGAUUGCCACCACCACACCGUGCCUGUCGAUGGCCGAUAUCUAUGCAGACGAUGCAGACGCUCCUUGGUAUGCAGUGGAAGGUCCCGAAUUAUUCUCUUCCUCACUUCAAGUGUAUGAUAUGGCCAUGCACGAAAACAUUCUUUUGAACCCAUCCGAAAAUGGCAUGGCUGCCAGAUUAUUCAGACUCACCAGUGUCAAUUAUACCUUAUCUCCCUUACUAGCAGAAAAUAUUUCAAACUUUACCUUUCGUAGUUUGCCUCAUCUCAAAAAAUCAGCCAAUCCUUCUCCCAGGCACAAGAAAAUCCCAAAGAGACGUGUCACAAGACUAUCCAUGGCCAUACCUCGUCUUUAAAAAAAUUUCGCUUAUUAUUUUAUGUAUAGAUUAUCCCCCCCAACCCUCCCACAUUCACCCCCACUCCCAUCCUUUGUUAAUAAAUUCUCUCUCCUUCUCUUUAUCCUUCCC